AUGGCGGCCGAGACCGCGAAGCAGGCGGAGCUGCUCCGCGCCGUCCUGGAUGAGCAGAAGCUCGCGGCGCAGGGAGAUGAGCCUGUAGUUGAGGAUGAUGAUGAUGAGGAAGAUGAGGAUGAUGAUGACGAGGAUGACAAAGACGAUGAUAUUGAAGGAGUUGAUGCAAGUGGAAGAUCUAAGCAGAGUAGGAGUGAGAAGAAGAGCAGGAAGGCCAUGCUGAAGCUUGGCAUGAAGACUAUCACUGGCGUGAGCCGUGUAACUGUCAAGAAGAGCAAGAAUAUCCUGUUUGUCAUCUCCAAGCCAGAUGUAUUCAAGAGCCCUGCCUCUGACACCUAUGUCAUUUUCGGUGAGGCUAAGAUUGAGGAUCUGAGCUCACAGCUGCAGUCCCAGGCCGCUGAGCAAUUCAAGGCGCCUGAUCUUAGCAGCGUCAUCUCAAACCCUGAGGCUUCUACAGCUAUUCAGGAGGAUGACGAGGAUUGUGAUGAGACCGGAGUUGAGCCGAAGGACAUUGAGCUGGUGAUGACCCAGGCCGGCGUGCCUAGGCCCAAGGCUGUGAAGGCGCUCAAGUCUGCUGACGGUGACAUAGUCAGUGCUAUCAUGGAACUGACGAACUAG